AUGCUUCAACGCUUCCUGUCGGUCCAGAGCCUGCGCAGGGCUGUGGGGAUGCGGUCAGGGCUCCGGGCAGCCUCGCUCCCCCAGUGUCCUGCCGUCCUUUGCUGCUGUCUGCCUCGUCCGCCUCCAAACCAGCGCUGGAUCCUCACCUCAGCUUCCUGCAGAGCUACUCUUCCACCAAAACCUCCUGAAGACCUGCCUGAUGCUGCUGCUGCUUCUGGCUCAGAUCAGUUUGCAGAUAUAGACCCUCUUCAGGACAACUCUAUGGGAUUAUUUCAGAGAUUUAAGAAGACAUUUAAACAAUAUGGGAAAGUUAUGAUUCCUGUUCAUCUCGUCACGUCGUCUGCCUGGUUUGGAACUUUCUAUUAUGCUGCUAUGAAGGGAAUCAAUGUUGUGCCAUUCUUGGAGUUGAUUGGGCUUCCAGAGUCUCUUGUCAGCCUUUUGAGAGACUCUACAAGUGGCUAUGCUUUAACUGCAUACGCCAUGUACAAGAUUGCCACACCUGCUCGGUACACAGUGACUCUCGGUGGGACGUCCCUCUUGGUGCAGUACCUCAGAAAACAUGGCUACUUAUCGACGCCUCCCCCAGUCAAGGAGUACAUUCAGGACCGAAUGGAGGAGACCAAGGAGCGGAUCACAGAGAAGAUGGAGGAGACAAAAGAGCGAUUAUCUGAGAAGAUGGAGGAAACCAAAGAACGCUUUUCUGAAAAGAUGGAGGAGACUAAGGACAAGCUCUCUGAGAGGAUCCAGGAAACAAAAGGCAGAGUUUCUUUUCGAAAGAAGAAUGACUAA